CAUGCUGAGGUAACACCACUACUACUAAACUCAGGAACUAUUACCCACCUAUAUCUUUAUGUGUAAGACAGAGAGGCACAUAAUAAAUAGAACGCUUUCAGUUAAGUAUCAGCAGCAGUGUAGAAUAAAGCGUUUAUGCGUAGCAGAAGGAGUUAAAAGUUGACAAACAAGUGGAAUUUCAAUUUAAUAUAGCUUCUAAGCUUGCAGAUUAGGUGGCAGACGAUAAAAAUGUCCACAAUUUCGGAAUUGUCGCAAUGUUGCCGGUGUUGCUUGAAGAAGCGAAGUGACAAAAUAAAUAUUUUCGUUACUUUGGAUGAGUUUGCAAGCCAAAUUUGCGAUCUGCUUGUGGAUUGUGGGGGAAUUAUCGUGUCAGAAAAUGAUUCAUUCUCUAAGUCGAUAUGCAGCUCUUGUUUGACUGAUUUAUCCAAUGCGGUGCGAUUUCGGGAGCGCUGCCUUAAGACGGAUGGUGUACUGAAACGCGCCCAUAUUACUGGCCAAGAGGAUCUUGUCGCAACCAACUCACCAGUAGAGAAAUCGAUGGAACUACAGCCUGAAUUGGGUGGUAGCGAACAGUUAGAGAAUCUUUAUUGUGGUUUUCCAGGUUUUGAACCUUAUGAGGAAGAUCCUUUGGCAGAUGACUCUCAGGAUGAACAUGAAAACCAGAUUAUUUUUGAAAAUCACAAUGAAAUGCGUCAAACCGAUAUUACAAGCGAAAUGAAUAUACAUGAUCCAAAGCAUGCUUUCGAGAAUACUGUUAAUCUGCUGAGCGGAACUCCUGGUCAGAAAACAAAACGCAUCAAAAAGUUUUGCAAACCCAAGGUUAAUGUUGAGUUUAUUUGUACAGUAUGCGAUUUCAAGUAUGCCUCUCAUAAUGGUUAUAUGAAACAUAUGAGGAUGCACCCAGAUUUUCGACCUUUCAAAUGUGAAACAUGCGGAGAAGCAUUUAUCUCGAAAAUGAGCCUAACAAAGCACACGCUGAGUAUUCACCAUAUGGGUUGAUCAUGAAAAUAUUCGCUACAAGCUUUUGUAAUACUUUGAAUAAUUUUUAUUUCAAAGCAAACUUUUUAUUAUUAAGAAUAAUAUGAAGCUUCCUCAAUUUUCUCCGAGUGAGCAAAAUCUAGAC